UCCAAACCACAUACACAUCAAAGAAACAGGAUUUGCAAAACACCCAACACCGCUCUCUCUCCCAGUCUCUGUCACUGCUCACAAACAAGGGACAUCUCUUCCCCCACACACACACACUAUCCUUCUCCAUCUCUCCCAAGUUUCCCCUUUAGUCUGAGCCCUCAAGAUGCCCGCCAAGUCCAUCAGCACCCAAGCGGAUGGCAAGACGUUUGAGCAGCUGAGGCAGGAGUGUCUACAGAAGAAGAAACUGUUUGAGGACCCAGACUUCCCUGCUUGCGACUCAUCCCUCUACUACAGCCAGAGCGUGCCCAUCAAUUUUGAAUGGAAGAGACCUGGGGAACUUUGUGAGAAUCCCGAAUUCAUAGUUGGUGGGGCUGAUAGGACAGACAUAUGUCAAGGAGCACUAGGGGACUGCUGGCUCCUGGCGGCCAUUGCCUCUCUGACCCUCCAUAAGGAGACCCUGACCAGAGUGGUCCCCAACGACCAGGGCUUUGACCGCAGCUACGCCGGCAUCUUCCACUUCCAGUUCUGGCAGCACAACAGAUGGCUGGACGUGGUGGUGGAUGACCGACUGCCUGCUGUAAGGAACCGCCUGGUGCUGCUCCACUCUGCCUCCAACAACGAGUUUUGGAGCGCACUGCUGGAGAAGGCCUAUGCCAAGUUGAACGGGAGCUAUGAGUCCCUGAAGGGAGGCUCUACCCUAGAGGCCAUGGAGGACUUCACCGGCGGCGUUGGGGAGACGUACGAAACCAAAAGCGCUCCAACCGACCUCUUCAACAUCAUGAAGAAGGCCUACGACAGAGGCUCAAUGAUGGGCUGCUCUAUAGACAUCACCAGCUCUGCUGAGUCAGAGGCCCAGACAGCUUCAGGGCUGGUGAAGGGACAUGCCUACUCCAUCACAGGCCUUGAGGAGGUUAACUACAGAGGGAAAAAGGUCAAGCUGAUCCGGAUCAGGAACCCUUGGGGACAGGUGGAAUGGAACGGUGCCUGGAGUGACGAGUCUAGGGAGUGGAAUGUAAUCGACAGUUCUGAGAAAAAACGCAUUCUUCAGAACGCCAUGGAUGAUGGUGAAUUCUGGAUGGAGUUUGAGGACUUCAAGGCCAACUACGACAAGAUAGAGAUCUGCAACCUGACGCCGGACUCUCUGACGGACGACACCAAGCGGAAGUGGGAGGUGAACAUGUUCGAGGGAAACUGGAUCCGUGGCUCCACCGCAGGCGGCUGCAGAAACUUCAUAGAUACAUUUUGGACCAACCCUCAGUUCAAGCUGACCCUGCUGGAUGCUGACGAUAAUAAUGAUAAGUGCAGCGUGGUCAUCGCUCUGAUGCAGAAGAACCGCCGUGCGCUGAGGAAAGAGGGACUGGACCUGCAAACCAUCGGCUUUGCACUUUACGAGGCCCCUGCAGAUGAGGACCACCUGGGGAAAGACUUCUUCCGCUACAAUGGGUCCAAGGCUCGCAGUAAGACCUACAUCAACGUGAGGGAGAUCUCCGAGCGCUUCACCUUGCCCCCAGGGAACUACCUGCUGGUUCCCACCACCUUCCAGCCCCACGACGAGGCCGACUUCAUCAUACGCAUCUUCUCGGAGAAGGCAGCCGGAACCAUGGAGAUGGGUAACACAGUAGAUGCUGAUUUGCCAGAUCCUCCAAUGCCCAGUCUACCAGAGGAGGAGACGGAUGAGGAGAAGGGACUGAGGAGAAUGUUUGAAAAGAUUGCUGGUUCGGACCAGGCCAUCUCUGCCAGGGAGCUUCAGCAGGUGUUGAAUGGAGUACUUAGCAGGAGGAGAGAGAUCAAGUUUGACGGUCUGAGUCUCAACACCUGCCACAGCAUCAUCAACCUGAUGGAUGUUGACAAUUCAGGGCAGCUUGAGUUUCAGGAGUUCAAGGUCUUCUGGGAAAAGAUGAAGAAAUGGAUUAUGCUCUUCAUUUCUUAUGACACGGACCGGUCAGGGAAGAUGUCCUCCUAUGAGCUCCGCAUAGCUCUGAAAGCAGCAGGCAUGCAUCUGAACACUAAGCUCCUCCAGCUGCUUGGCUUGAGGUUCGCUGACGAGAACUACGACAUCGACUUUGAUGACUACCUCACCUGCAUCGUCCGCCUGGAAAAUAUGUUCAGGGUUUUCCAAGCAUUGGACCAAAGCAAGACAGGUCAGGUCAACAUGAACAUACUGCAGUUCCUCCUUCUUUCCAUGAACGUCUGAAGAGGAUCCAGUGGAAGAACAAAGUAAAAUAACGGGCUUGGGGUGCAAUAUGUGUUGCUUGCAAAUACACUAAUAUCGAGUCGUUCCCAACGGAUACACUAGUUAUAAUUAAUGCAUAAAACAUACGCUAUAUAGUUAUAGCUAUGUUUUAACGUUGUAUGCCUUUGUCUCUCUUGAAUUCACUCAAUAGAGACAUUUUGUUUUAAAACGAAACCAACAUACUUGUGCCACAGUUUGGAACUUAUGCCUCUUGUAUUUGACAAUCAGGAGGAUUUGUGUUAAAUUCUGUUUACAGAGAUGCUCCAAUAAUAAAUAAUGCACUGAUCACGUUUUUAAAGUUUCAUCAUGUUGACACACCGUUUCAGUUGUUUUCUCAGUUUGGGAUUAAACCAAAUAAAAAUUAUAUUAUGAACAUUUAA